UUUGUGUUAAUUUUAUAAGAUUUUCUAAAUGAAGUUCCCAAAAUGUCAGCACAAAGGAUGCCGUGAGGCUGCUGCUUGCUACUUAUCGGAGAAGAAACUGUACCUUUGUCAACAACACCGCUUUGCCCAAUAUCCUGAAGACAAUUCAGUUCUUCUUGUUGAUGACUCUACAGUUGAAACUAAUCUGAAAGCUAUCCAAAUCUGUAGUAAAGAUUUCCUUGCCUUCACUCAAAUGCUGAAUAAUGGAAGCAUCUCUGCAGAUGAAGAUGACCUAAGCAAAACUAUAAAAGGAGAACUCAAUUAUAUCUCCGAUGAACUAAAGGAAGCCCAAAAAACUUGCAAGUACUACGAGUUCUGUGAACUUCUUGGUAAAACUUUGGAUAUUAAAGAUGUCUUGGAACAACAUCAUCUUUAUGUCAAGUACUUGGUGACCAGGGCUUGGAAUAAAUCACUUUCAAUAGCCAAGGGUAAAUCUCUGAAAAGUUCUGAGGUUGUUGAAAUGGAACUAAAACGUGAGUAUGAAGCCACAUUUGGUACGAUAUCUGAGAAGUUCAUACAAAUGAGAAGGAAAAUCGAACGAAGACAUCAAGAGGAAAUGUUUUAACUCGAAGAUAACAUUGGAAAGAUCAAUGACUAACCUAAGGAAAAACUACGAAGAAGAACUUAACGAGAAAAAGAGACAAUACAGAAACAAAAGAAUCCAGCUCAAACAAAAAGUUAAAACACUUGAAGAGAACUUAGCGAGCCUGAAAGAAGAGAACAAAAGAAAAGAUACAGUAUUGCAUGUUCUUCAAGAAGAAAACGCUCAAGCUUGUCAAGAACUAAGGAGAACCAAAGAUGAACUUGAAGAAUCUAAACAAUCCGCUGAAGAUCUUGCUGAUAAACUUGAUGAAGAAAUUGCUCUCUCCAAAGAUCAUCAAGAGUUACUUGAGGCACAGAAAGACUUGCAUGACCAAAGCAUAGCUAAGCUUCGGGAAGCCAAAGAUGCGGAAUUACAAGCUCUUCAGGACACCCUGAGUGCCAAAGAAGAAGAACUUAAGAAAUCUGAACUGGAGAAGGAGAAUCUUCAGACUGACAAAAACAACAUCACGAAGGAACUAAUCUCCAAUCUAAACCUCUCCAAGAGCUCUGACCUCAGUAACCUCUACAGAAUUAUCACUGGGCAGGAGAAGCAGAUCGGACCUGAAACUGAAUUAGCACUUAAACUUGACAAUCUGAAGGAUAUGGAAUUUCUAACAUCCCUAAACAAGAGAAUGCCAGAAGUUGCUAGACUUGAUCUUUACAAAAUCCCUCUGAACUGUCAAGAAGUGAAGACUUUCCUGGCAACCUAUUUCCCCAACAAAGUGAGGGAGCUCUAUUUUAAUAGUGGCUCUCCUCUGAGUAAUUCUCUCCCUUUUUACUUGGAGGAACUGGUGGAAGUGAUUAAGAGAGUCACUGGACACUUGUAUAUUUAUGAAUUUGAAGUCUCUCAGGACCAACUUGUUACCCUCUUCUCUGCAAACAGACAUCAAGAGUGGUUUGGGUUUUCUGACUGUAAACUCGCUUUGUAUUCUGUUCCUGAUUUUGGAGGCACUCUUGCUGGAAGUACAAUGCAAGUAUUAAGUUUGAGAGGCUGAGGAAAAUCUUCGUAUGGUGACUGGGGCAACAACGAUUCCCACUUUGAAAACCUCAUUGCUGGGCUUUCUCAGGAGGAAGAUUUUAGGAAGAAUCUGGAGUGGAUUGGAUUGUCCGGUUGUGGAAUGAAGAAGAAUGAUGUAAAGAAGAUUUUGGCUGAUCAUGGCUUUGGACAUGUUGAAAUUGGAGAGUACUCAAAGUAGAUGCCUAAACCGAAAAUGCCAAAAAGAAAAAUUUUACUUUCAUCAGAUUAAUCUCUAUUGACCAUAUUGAUGACAAUAAAGUAAAAUUCAAUG